UCGAUUGUUUCUUUUGUGCCGUUUUACGCGCCAUAUUGUUUUUGUGCACGUACGAAAGUACGGAUAUUUUUGUAUUUUGCAGUGAUAAUCAUAAACCGUCAAAAUUUCGGCGAAAAUGAAUUACGGCAGGCCGCCGCCUCGCAUCGAUGGCAUGGUCUCCCUCAAAGUGGACAAUUUGACUUAUCGCACGACUCCUGAGGAUUUAAGACGAGUUUUCGAAAGAUGCGGCGAAGUCGGCGAUAUUUACAUACCCAGAGACAGGUUCACUAGGGAAAGCAGGGGAUUUGCUUUCGUUAGGUUUUACGAUAAAAGGGAUGCUGAAGAUGCGCUAGACGCUAUGGAUGGUCGCAUGUUGGACGGAAGGGAGUUGAGGGUGCAAAUGGCUCGUUAUGGGAGACCUACGUCACCUCAUAGACGUCACCGAGGUGGAAGAAGAAGGUCUCAUUCAAGACAUUCUCGUUCAAGGUCAAGGGGCAGGAGGUCGCGUUCCAGGUCGCACACGAGACGCUCGGGCAGCCGCAGUCGGUCCCGUUCGGACAGCAAGAGUUCCAGGGGCCGGUCCCGCUCGCCUUCCAGAGGCAAGGAGGAGAAACGGUCCAAAUCGAAGUCGGUCAGCAAAUCCCGGUCCAGGUCUAGGUCUUAGGUGUGUAGCAGUGUACGGGGUUUGAGCGUUGUUAGCUGGCGCCUGCUCUAAAGGUAUUUACUUUAUCUAUCUUACAACAAAAAAUCUCGUAAAAGCCAUAAAUCACCUCAGACCUAACCAUUAUUUUUAUUUAAAAAAAAACAAACAUUUGAUUUGCCAUUGCGUUUUGUUGUUUUUCGAAUGAGAAAAAAAGUAUUACAAAUUCGAAGGUAUCUGUCCAAAAAUGGAUUUGAUUUUGUUAAUAUUUUUAGCUUAGAUAUCUCGGCAAUACGUCCCUGCACUAUGCAUGGGACAAUUCUCUUAAAAAAAAAUGUAGUUGUAAUAUUAGAUUUUAGGAUAUUUUUGUAAUGUCUAUCAAAAUAUUUUGAAUUUUUUUGUUAAAUAGGCUAUAUAACAGUGUCUCUUCUUCUUUUCACAUUUUUAAAUUUUUGACUCAGUUUGAUUUUUCAUUAAACAUAGUUUUAUUGAUUCAUAAUGUGUACCUUAAGAAUGUUGUAAACUUCUCCACCCAUAAAUUUUAUUUGAAAAAGAACCGUUUAUUU